UGGUCUAUUUGAGGUUGCAAGGUUUGCAGAAAUUUUCAUACCAAUUCUGAUUUCUCAACAGUCUGUGACAUGGCAGCAAGAUUUUUGGACAAUGAAUGUGAGGGUGUGUCACUGCAAGAGCCUUGUGUGAAUCCUUACUGUCAGAGAAAAAUUAGACAACUUGAAGAAGAGCUUCACAGGGUGAAGAGCGUGGGAUACGACAUGCUCAAACAGAGGGGUGGCUGGCAGGUGCUCGGCAAAACUCCAUCAGACAGCAGCCUGGACUUCAACAACCUCUUUGACCAUGAAGUAGAAGAUCUCUCCAAGAGUCUCACAGAUGAUGUUGGCAUGAAUGAAGACAAAGCUCGAUUGCUGGCUUGCAAUGAGUUUCAGAGAAUUUACGGUUCGCUGAAGAGUACCAUAUUUAAAAAGCUGGUUGAAACGUUACACAAAGUGUUUAUGAUUGGCUCUGGGGAAGAGAGUGAAGAACAGUCUUACGACAUAUGCCGAGCGUAUGGACUUCUGCUGAAUGCAUCGGCUGUAACUGCAAAACUCCUGCACGAGGAAAUAUCAACACAGACAACUACGUCCUUGUUGAAUGAACACAAGUCACUUUCAGUGUCAGCAACGAAAACGUUUGCCACUAAAUCAGCACAACUCUCAUGGGACUUGUUGACCACUAUCCCUCCGUUGCUUUCCAUCACACCACCUACUUCUUACUUCAGGGAAUGGCACGAGAAAGAACUAGCCCCAACAUGGAAUAAAGAACUCGUCAACUACGAUCUUGUGUACUAUAGACCUGUUCUUUUCAUGAGUUGUGAGGGAAUGGUGGCAAGGAAAGGAUGGGUUGGUAACACCGAAGCAAGCAAUCACAGCCCCAAUGACCUAACAACAGAUGGUCCAAAUAUUACUGCUCAGAAUUGUUCGUUCUUAUCAGUUGAACGUCAUGACUACAAAACAUACUUUCAAUCGAGUGCUUCCCAUCACGACAUUCCUCACCCAGUACCACAUCACAUUAUGAGGUUCCCAGCUGCAAGGUCAAGAACGUCCGUUAGGGCUGAUGAGUCCGAUAGAGGAUCACAAUUUAUAAACGAAAUUGAUCAAGAAACUACAUCCAAGUUUUAUCCUCAAACUAUGGGCGUUGAUACCUCAGGCUCGAGUUCUGUGAGAAGUCAAAAGUGCUUGGAAAAUUGGAGUGUCACGAAAUCGUUAAUGUGAACUGCACUCAAGCAAGUACAUGUGUGUGAACAGCAUGCUCAGCCUGUCGGUCGACUCUAUAUAGGGCUUUCCUGUUAACCAAAGAUGGUCCAUUAGGUUCGGAAUUGACCACAAAGUCAUAAUCACAACUCCUUUUUAUAGACGGGUAACUUUCUACUUAACACCACAUCCUGCCCUAGGGCAUACCCAGAUUGAAGUUUGUUGCAUGCAUGUCAGUGCUAGCUACUGCGUUGAAUAUCUAAACGAAUAAAAACAUUUGAUUCAAAAAAAUGAAGAUAGAUACCGUGCUAUUUUGCAUUUCAUUAGCACUACUAACUACUAAUGUACAGACAGCAGUCUCUGGUGAAUACAAUCUAGUUGUAGCUUCUAGCAAUUCUUCUACACAGUGUCAACAAUUGUGCUUUUGUCAAAAUGAUGUCUUUGAUUGCAACUCCACUCACCCUACUGUGCUAACAAAGAAAGGAGAGAAGUUCGCACUAAGUGUUGCAGUUGUGGACCAAGUGGGCAAACCAGUCAAUGCCACUAUAAUCACUUCACUCAAACUAGACCCUGGUGAGAUUGGAUCGCUUAAAGGAGGCCAGCAAAAGCGACAAGUAGACGACAGAUGCACGGAGUUGGAGUACACAAUUUACUCUAGUAAUGACUAUCGCGCUGUGAUGGAGAUUAAUGCUGAUAAGAGCACUUUCAUGAAAGAAGUGAAUGUUACGUUUCUUCCGUUUACGUGUCCAAUCGGACUUGAACCACACUCCAGGGUUAUUGAUUACACAUGUGUCUGUGAUAAACAAAUAAAACAAUAUGUCAGCAAAUGCUCAUUAGAAAACGGCACCUGGUCGAUUGAAAUGAACUCAGAGCUAUUUUAUAAGUGGAUCAAGUACUCAUAUGCCAAUAUUACCAAAUCAUGGUUUCUCAUAGCUGCAUCAUGUCCUUAUGAAUAUUGUCAGAAACGUCCACUCAACAUCAGUCUUGUUGGUUUAAUUGAAACAGACGAGCAGUGUGCCUACAAUAGGUCUGGAGUAUUGUGUGGUGGGUGUCCUCAAGGACUUAGUCUUGUGUUUGGCAGCUCAAAAUGUGUGCAAUGCUCGAACUACUACCUUCUCUUGAUUGUACCGUUUGCUCUGGCUGGUAUUGUACUCGUGGCAUUCAUUCUUUUGACUAAUAUGACUGUUGCAACAGGGACUAUCCAUGGGCUCAUCUUUUAUGCGAACAUUGUUGCAGUAAAUCACACCUUUUUCUUUCCAUUUAAAAAUCCGAAUUUUCUUACUGUGUUCAUAUCGUGGUUAAAUCUUGACUUGGGAAUUGAAACCUGUUUCUACGAUGGAAUGGACUCGUAUGGAAAACUGAUGCUCCAACUUGUGUUUCCAGUCUAUAUUUUUCUACUGAUCCUUGCGUUUAUGGUUUUGCAUGAUCGUUCCCAAAAAGUUGCUCGGAUAAUUGGUAAAAUGAACCCUGAGGCAACACUUUACACGCACAUACUUCUCUCCUAUUCCAAAUUAAUUCGAAUUAUCAUUGCAGCUUUACAGAAUGCGAACUUUGCAUAUCCUGAUGGUAGCCAUAAGUUUGUCUGGUUUUACGAUGGCAAUGUGUCGUACUUUGCGUUUAGCCACAUUCCACGAUUCCUUGCAGCCUUUAUCAUCACUCUCUUUGCUGCUGUGUACAUUGUAAUGCUUUCUUGUGGGCAGGUAUUUAGCCGUUACUCCAAAUAUAAGCUCUUCAAAUGGACCACACACAAGUACUGUAUUCACUUUAUGAAUGCACAUCAUGCUCCCCUCAAUAAUGACCAUCGCUACUGGGUGGGACUGCUCCUGCUAGUAAAACUUGUUUAUUUCCUACUCUCAACAUUGUUCUAUGCUAAUAUUGAGACUGUGGGAAUAUUUUCUGCUUGUUUGGCAUUUAUCAUGCUACUUUUCAAGCUUUUGAACAGAGCAUACAUAAAAAGUUUUACUAACUACCUUGAGGCAUUGUUUUUCAUCAAUUUAUUAGUGAUUUCCAUUAUAGUUGCAAAUUCAAGGACUUUAAUAAGCAAAGAUAAUCAUUUCAUUUUGGCUUAUCUAUCAAUGUCUAUCGUCUUUGUUUCGUUUAUCGUUAUGACGGUAUUGCACACUUGUGGGAAGAGUUUGAGCAAAACCUAUGCAACGAUUCGAAUGCAAUUUGCUAAUAGAAUUUCGCAGCAAGAGGAAAGGGAACAUCUUGUUGAAGACGUCAACAAUGAUACACCUGAUGAUCAGCUGAGAGAGCCGGCACUGGACAUUCUGAUUCCAGUACAGCCGGAAGACUACAACACACCUUCUCUACCGUCCCCUACGAUACAAACCAGACAGAUGACUACAUUUGUCGAUAUUAGGUAGUUUAGUGAACAUUAUAAUGUUUAUAGCCAAUAGACUUAAGCUAUUUAGCUGUCUAGAAUUUUAAAUGGCAGAUGUGGGCCUAUAACAGAUGUGUUUAUCGCUGAAUCCAUUAUCUAUAUGAGGUUAUUA